CAUGGAUGGACUGGAUAAUGUUACAUUAUCAAUUUUAAAUGGAUCAGAACCCCACCUUACCAGACAAAGCUGGCCCUGGUGACACAGGACCUGUGUCUUCACCUGGAGGAAUGUCCCCAAUCUUGCCCCAGGCAUCCACUCCUUUGAUGACCAUUUUCAAGAAUCUUCUCAAGAGGCUGCAGAAUGUGAAGUCCCCACAAAAGAGGCAGGGGCCAACACCUGAGAGGGGCCAUUCAAAGAAAAGGCAUCGAAUUGACUUCUCAACAAGUGACAAGGAGGGAGAAGAAUACGAUGCAGACUCAAGAGCUGGAUCAACAAUUAUUUUGCAUCAAAGAUCUGGGAGCAGUUCUGAUGACGGCCUCAGUCCAUUGGAGAGUAAGGAUAGUCCGAAAACCCAGGCCAGACAUUACAUCACUCUGCAGGCGAUGUACAAGAAAUCAAAAUUCAACCAAGAUGCUGUCUCCCAACUCCUUGACCUUGAGUUUGAAGCAAGAAGAGACUUCAUUUACCGUAAUGUCCUGAAAGAAGAAGACAGGCCAAUGAAGAUCCUGGAUGCAUAUCCAUGUUUCAAGGAACUUCAUCAUGUGAUGGAUGAGCUGCGUCGGAUCCUGGAUAAGGGCAACAAGAAGUUCACUGAUGAAGUAAAGAAGAGAUGGGAAGAGUUCUGUGCCAUGGUUCAGUUUUACGGUGUUUGGAAGAAAGUGAUGAAGCCACCUAUGAACAUGAAUGGAAUGGAAAAAGCCAUCGAGCUGGUCAGGGCACUCCCCACACUCUUUCCUUCACCAGCUGCACCGCCUCAGAAGAUAGGACAUGCCAGUGAGGCAUUGCUUCAUGUCCUUCAGCCAACAGAAGAUCCAACCAUCUACCUCCAGAAGAGACCUCUCUCCAGCCCUCUAUUGCUCGUUGAUGGGUUCAGCUCUCUGGUUGCAAUUGGAACCACUCCCAUCACCACAUUUGCAAAGGAAGAACUCGGUGAAAGUCUACUGUAUCUGAUAUGGCUUACUACUACACCUUCCACCUUACAUAUCCGAGGUGUGUGGACACCCUCCUCUCUGUCAUCCAGACAGAAAUAUGACACGACUCACUUCAUGAGGGAGACAGCACUCCCUCAUACAAACGAGCCAUGUCAGAGUGGAAACAUUUUAUUGGGACGUAGAGCUGUGCACUAGGGAUAAGUAUUGUUACAAAAAUACAAAAAUAACCUCAAAACACUGACACAGUUUCAUGUCAGUGUCUUCCUUUUUGGUUCAUACAAAAUACUUUCUGAUGCCUUUUGUUUCUCAACCAUCAAAGCAACUUCUGUGCCACAAAUGUUCUUUAUGGCAGCGCUUUAGGGCUGGGUUUCAGUAGUAUGUAUCCAAUAGUUUUAUAUGUUAAUGACAGUUAAUUAGGUUUGCAAACAUGUAAGUGGUGUAACACAAAAGUACCACAUUAUUGUACUAGUGUUGAGUUUGCAGUGUUAGGCUUUGGGACUCCAGAGAACCACAGGGAGAGCCAUUAUCAACAAAUGGAGAAGGUUUUGGAACAGUGGUGAACCUUCCCACGAGUGCCCGGCCUGCCAAAAUUACCCCAAGAGCACAGAGACGACUCAUCCAGGUCACAAAAGAACCCAGAACCCCUUCUAAAGAACUGCAGGCCUCACUUGCCUCAGUUCAGGUCAGUGUCCAUGAUUCCACAAUAAGAAAGAGACUGGGCAGAAACGACAUCCAUGGGAGAGUUCCAAGGAGAAAACCACUGCUGACCAAAAAGAACACAAAGGCUCGUCUCACAACUGCCAAAAGACAUCUUGAUGAUCCCCGAGACUUCUGGGAAAACAUUCUGUGGACUGACGUGACAUAAGAUGAACUUUUUGGAAGGUGUGUGUCUCGUUACAUCUGGCCUAAAGCAAUCACAGCGUUUGAUAAAAGAACAUCAUACCAACAGUCAAACAUGGUGGUGGUAGAGUGAUGUUCUGGGGCUGCUGUGCUGCGUCUGGACCUGGACGACUUGCUGUGAUUGAUGGAACCAUGAAUUCUGCUCUCUACCAGAAAAUCCUGAAGGAGAAUGUCGGCCAUCAGUUCGAGACUUCAAGCUUAAGCACACUUGGGUUAUGCAGCAGGACAAUGAUCUAAACCACCACCAAGUCUACCUCUG